CAGAUUUUGAAGAAUUAUUAAGCAAUUACUAAAUCAUGAAGGUAGCAAUAAUCUUAGCUUUGUUUGUGACUCUCUUGGGUGUAAGUUAUGCAGUCGACACGUGCCCUGAUGUUAAGUUUAUGGACAACUUUGAUCAGAAGAGAUUCCUUGGAAAAUGGUACGGAAUUGUAACAACUGGAAUCGACAUGCCCUGUGGAAGUUACGAAAUUUUCGAUAUCGGAAGUCCAACAAAUUUCAAAAUGACUUUACAACCAGUUGGUGUAAACAUUGAAUUGUCCCGAAAAGGAAAGACUUUGGCUGAAGGAUUUAACUUGUCAACACCAUUUGAAUUGCUUAAUAAUUCAAACAUGCGAAUCUUUGCUACUGAUUAUGACAACUAUGCAGUCGUUAUUGAAUGCAAGAACUUGAAUGGACCAAUUUAUCUGGCUGUCACAAUUGGCUCAAGACAAAAGACUUUGGACAAUGCACUUGUUGAAAAGUUGAAGAAUGAAGUCAUAGCAAAGACUGGAAUCGAUAUAUCAGGCAUGAAGGCAAUCGAUCAUGUCCAAUGUUAUUAAAUGGUGCAACUAGAGUUGAUUUUUGGAUGAUUUUAAGGUUAGAGAAUGUUUUUGUUGACAAAACUCAAACCAAAUCAUUCAGGAAUUAAGUUACAGUCACCACCAAGCACACGCA